AUGGUUAAAAAAGGAAUUGUCCUCGAUCAUAAUAUAUCCGCUGUAGGAAUUGAGGUAGAUCAAUCCAAAGUUGACCUUAUCUUGAGUUUACUCAUUCCCAAAACUGUUCGGGAUAUUAGAGCUUUCUUAGGUCAUGCUGGUUUUUACCGUCGUUUCAUUAAAGAUUUCAGCAAGAUAACAAGAACUCUCACCCAUCUGUUAGGGAAGGAUAUACUCUUUGAGUUUACCGAUCCAUGUCACUCUACUUUUGAACAAUUAAAGUCAGCUCUCACCACUGCACCCAUCAUCCAUUCGCCAGAUUGGAACUUACCUUUUGAAAUCAUGUGUGAUGCGUCGGAUUAUGCAGUAGGAGCUGUCUUAGGUCAAAAGGUUGAGAAAGCACGACAUGUCAUCUAUUAUGCUAGCAAAACCCUAAAUGAUGCCCAAACCAACUAUUCCACCACGGGAGAAAGAGUUUUUGACUUUGAGAUUUGUGAUAAGAAAGGCUCCGAUAAUGUGGUGGCCGAUCAUUUGUCCCGUCUUGUUGUUGAGUCUAUUACUAAAUCCAUUCCAAUCUCGAAUGCUUUUGCGGAUGAACAAUUAUUUGCAAUAACUCAUGCCCCAUGGUGUGUCCCUGAGAUAAACCAGGAGUCUGUCAUUUCCUUCUGUCAUGAUCAGGCUUGUGGUGGCCACUUUAGCUGUAAAAGAAUCGCUGCAAAAAUCUUGCAGUCGGGAUUUUAUUGGCCCACCCUUUUCAAGGAUACCCACAUCUACUAUAUGGCUUGUCAAAGAUACCAAUUGUUAGGUAAGAUUACCAAGCGUAAUGAAUGGCCCCAACAACCCGUUUUAGUAGUUGAAAUUUUUGAUGUUUGGGGUAUUGAUUUCAUGGGACCCUUUCCUUCCUCAUAUGGAUGUCUUUACAUCCUUUUGGCUGUUGAUUAUGUGUCCAAAUGGGUAGAAGCCUUAGCCACCAAGGCAACCGACCAUCGAGUUGUGGUGCGUUUCUUCAAAGACUUAAUUUUACCUAGGUUUGGUAUACCUCGAGCCAUUAUAAGUGAUAAUGGUUCACAUUUUUGCAAUAAAGUCUUUGGAAACUUAUUGACCAAAUAUGGUAUCAUUCACAAAGUGGCCCUGUCAUAUCACCCACAAACCAAUAGUCAAGCUAAGGCAUACCGGACUACUUACAAGACCCCUAUAGGAAUGUCCCUAUACCAUUUGGUUUAUGGCAAAGCCUGUCAUUUGCCUGUAGAGCUGGAACACUGUGCUUAUUGGGCCAUUAAGGCCAUGAAUUUCGACUCUAAUAAAGCCGGUGAACAUAGGAAACUCCAGCUUGAUGAGUUGGAAGAAAUUCGAAAUGAUGCCUAUGAGAGUUCCAAAAUGUAUAAAGCCAAAACAAAGUUCGAACAUGACAAGCACAUUCUUCGAAAGGAUUUUUUUCCCGGACAAAAGGUUCUUUUGUAUAACUCCUGUCUUCAAUUGUUUCCUGGGAAGUUACAGUCAUGUUGGUCUAGCCCAUACUUUGUCAAACAUGUGGCAAGUCAUGGUGCAAUUGAGGUACAAGACCCCACGACUGGGGAAUUGUUUGAAGUUAAUGCUCAUCGCUUAAAACCUUUCCUUGAGCUUGAGUCUCAUAAAAUUGAGGAAAUUCUCCUCAUUGAUCCUGUCUAUUCAGAUUGA